AUGUUCCGGAACCGAUUAUCACCAUUUUUGUUGGUGAAGAGCAACCGUAAGGCUCUCUACAACCACCUCACCCAAGCAACAUCAUCUUCGUCUAGAGUUGCAAGGGAGGAGACAUCUAGAUUUUUCUCCACUGGAAUCGUACGGAGAAUUCUGCAUGACUUCCGAUCUUCCCCUAAGGUUCUUCUAUCUUUAUCUUUAGAACUAAGAGAUUUUUAUAAUGCAAUUCCGGGUCAGUAUGUGCCAUCUUUGAGAAAUGUUUCCACCGUGCAAUCUCUUAAUGAAAAAAGUAAUGAAGGACUGAAGCUACUUGUAAAUGGAGGAUCUCAUGCUCAGAAAAUGGUUGGGAUAUGGCUCUUUGGCUCUGCUGCUUGGGUGUUUAGUAUGGUCGUACUUGGAGGUGUUACACGACUAACAAGAUCUGGUCUUUCAAUGACUGAUUGGAAGUUCAGUGGUGGGCUCCCGCCUCUAUCUGAUGAGGAAUGGUUACAGGAAUUCGAGAAGUACAAGCUGUCCCCUGAAUAUAAAAAAUUUGAAAUAAAAAAUGAACCGCCAACUGAAUAUGCACAGCCUAGAGUAAGCCCGUAUCGGCUUGCAGCUCAUCUCACUUCGGCAUUUGUUAUAUACAGCGGCCUUCUUUGGACAGGUCUCUCGGUGGUAAUGCCUGAACCACCUGCAGAAUCAAUGUCCUGGGUUAAGGGGGCUGCAAAAGUAAAGAGACUUGCUCUUCCUGUCAGCUUACUCGUCGGCAUUACUGCUGUCUCUGGAGCAUUUGUUGCAGGAAAUGAUGCUGGACAUGCCUACAAUACUUUUCCGAAGAUGGGCGACACAUGGAUACCUGAGGAUGUUCUAGAAAUGAAGCCACUUAUUCGCAACUUCUUUGAGAAUACCUCGAUGGUACAGCUUGACCAUCGUAUCCUGGCAACAACCACUUUAGUUUCAAUCGCCUCGUUAUGGUGGUUAACGAGGAAGGUGGAUCUUCAUCCUGCAGUUCGAUAUUUGAUUGGAAGCACUGUUGGCAUGGCUGGUCUUCAGGUUACCUUGGGGAUAUCUACCCUUUUGUCAUACGUGCCAGUUUCCCUGGGCAGUGCUCAUCAAGCUGGGGCUUUGACACUAAUGUCACUGAUGAUCCUUCUCAUUCACACUCUGAGGAAGCCAUCGCCCUUUCUUCUUAAAUCUCUGCCUAAAGUUGCCAAGACAAUCUAGCUUACUGCAAAAAUUUAUGCAAAUCCUGCCCUUUUGGUUGGUGUUUCUGAUCGUGAGUUCUUUCUUAUUUUGUCAUAAGAAAAAUUCGUUUCAUAAACGCAUAAUGCUCGGCUUUUGUUUUUUUUCUUCUUCUUCUUGUUUAGCUAAUGUGAUUUAUUCAAUUCCUCAUUGUGGAACUUGAAACGUUAUAAAUUGAAAAAAAAAUACAAGGUCAAUUUUCCUUCCUGGAUGGUGCUUCAUGUUACAAGGGCCUUUGUGGUUAAAGAAACUUACCCCAUUUUCGUUCAUGGAGAUCAACUAGAAAAAGCUUGAUCGAAGAAGAAGUACCAGAGAACAUUGAUUGAUCAGAUAAGAUUUUUGUACAUUGGAAUGAGGUUGUGAGAGAGUGGUGAUAAAGAAUAGCACGAGACUAGAUAA